UUGCUGAAAGCUUUUGUUUUCUUAACUUUUUCCAUAUUAACAAAGACUCCAGGAAACUGAAAACUCCGACUGCUAUUGCUGCCUUCAGAUGCAGUUCUUGUUGGUUGUUGGCCUGGUGGUUGCAUGCAAUGAGCUUUAGGCGCUUCCUUGACUGAGAGUGUCUCGUCUGUUCUCCUUCCCACAUGAGAUAUAAAGAACAUACUUGAUAUUUGCAAGUUCCCUGCCUUGACAGUAGUCAUCAUGGAUAGUGUGUUCUUAACAGAGGACAAAGCCAAUUCUGUGUUAAAAAGAUACCCGAGAGCUAACACAUUUCUGGAAGAAUUAAAGCAAGGUGACAUAGAACAUGAAUGCCGAGAAGAAAUCUGUAGCUAUGAAGAAGCAAGAGAAGCUUUUGAAAAUGAGGAAAAAACGAAGGAGUUCUGGAAAGUCUACAAAAAUGGACUUCAGGGAGAAAGUAACACAGGACAUAACUGGUAUUCAUUUUACCUUGCAUUUCCAUUAAUCAUUGGCCUUUUUGUUAUCCUCAUUGUCAUUUUUGUCAUAUGGAGAUGCCUGUUUAAAAAGAAAAUGCGUAGACAGUCGGUGUACAUGCAUAGGGGAGCCCACGAAGCGAUGGGUGAUGGUGCUGUGGCUGAUGGCAGAGGUCCCCUUCCGCCGCCUCUCAGCAUUGUUCAUUCCCCACAGGAGGAAAUGUAUGAAGUCAGUGGGCUCUCUCCAGGAGGUCUAAGCUAUAUGGAUGGGCGAUCAGACUCAAUAUCCACCAGGCUCUCAAAUGGUGAUCCUCCUCCUUCAUAUGAGGAAGCCACUGGUGAAAUCAGUUUGAGAAGAAGUGAAACUGAACAGCAUUUAGAUCCACCCCCGCAAUACGAAGACAUUGUGAAUUCCAGUUCAGCCAGUGCAAUUGCACUAUCUCCUGUUGUCACCAGUACUAAGUAAAGCAAGAAGAAUGCUAUGGACUUCUUAAAAAUUACUAAUCAUUUUUUAGCACUUUAUCUUCACCUAUUAUGCAUUUCUGUGAUUGAAUGGACUUGUUCAAUGAAUUUCACUUUUGGUUUUGAUUCAGUUGUUCUUUGGGUUUGGGAUUUUUUUCCCCUGCAGCAGGUCUUAAAUGGUAAGGAAUCUGUAUUGAGAGUGUAAUGCAGGUACAAUUGUGGUGCUCUGUCCUACUUUUCAAAAGUACCUUCACUUUGAGGGAUGUCACUUGUUUUAUUCUGAAUGUUGUCCACAUUCCCCACAAGGUUGGUGGAAUCCCCUUCCCCUUUCUUACUGCAGACUGUCAGAAUUGCCUGAAAUAGAGACUCCUUAAGCAACAUUUUGGAUAGUUAUUUACACGAAAUGGGACUGAUUUUGCAGUAUUGCCUCUUGUCUGCUUGGUUCCUUUUUCUCACUUGGAUUUUUGUUAUGUGCUACUCCCUAUCCUGGGUGCUUGGAAAGCUGGGAGCCUUAUGCUUUUGUGUUCAAACCAGCGUCUCAUUAGAGUAUACUGGCAUAAUAGCAAUAAUUUCAGAGUCCUAGCAGAAGAGGUAUAUUUUAAAGCUUUUGCUAUUACAGCUCGAAAUUCUGUAAAUGUUUAGAAGCUAGCAAUUCAGGCUAUGAAGUAGUAAAUUUAAUAGUGUACUUUGUCUGUGUUCUUCCUUUCCUCUCUGUUUUCCUGUCUUUUUUUACUUGUGUAUUCUGUAGGUGAAAAGUGUGCAUGUGUUAACUUUAGAACUUGAAAGUUCAUGCAGCGGUAAAUAAUGAAAUACUGAAAUACUCAAGAGUGGAUAAAAUCCUGAUCGUAGUCUUGCCUGGGCCCAGGAUGUUAUCCAUAAACACAUAAACCCAUAAACCCAAAGAUAUCACUUUCCCUUUUAAAAGGCAAAAAAAAAGGGAAAGCAUUUGGUAUGUUUGACUUUAUUUUUUCCCCCAUCUAUGAAAUAAAAAUCCCUUCCUCAAAUCCUGGUGGCUAUGGAAAUCCUUUGUGAAGAAUAUGGAUACCUUUUUCCAAAACCAAAUACAUUUAUUGCUUAUCCAUUCCAACCAAGUGCUUCUGUUGGAAAAGUUAACAGUAUGUUACAAUGAAAUAAAACUCUAAGAGCAGUGUAGUGCUUUGAUCCAUUACAUGAAUUCUUAAAGCCCACUCUAUCCUUGGCUCCAGAAGUUGUGUGGCCAGCCAGGCUCUGCUCUCUGCAGUGCUGAGCUGUGGAGCCCACCUCACAUCGGACAGAACCGUGAGGACUCACUGUGUUGGAUUUCUAAGAACUCAGCACAGACAUACCCCCAAGCCUUAGUUUGGAGUGACAUUUUGAGAGUGGAGAGGUGUAGGUUUCUGUCAGACUUUGGUGCAAGUUGAAUAGAAGCUUGUACAGAAUUUCAGCUACCUGGUUUAGAGACUGGUGAUGGUUAAGCCUGGUGCAAGCAGUAGUGUAGUGGUUCUUUUUUCCCAGCUUGAUUAAAAAUUUUAUUGCUCAGUUCAGCUUGUGAGUAUUAAUUUCCAUUUCCUCCCCCACCAAAGUAGUGUGGCAUUAACUUCGGUAUUUUUCUGUGUUCUACUAGUCAUGUAGCACUAACUGAAAUCUAUAUAGCCCUGGAGGACUACUGUAUUAUGCUGGCUUUCUUACAACAAAAACCCAAACCGCAUCUUGUUCCAAAGACCCCAGUGAAAUGCCAGUGCAUUUGAAAUUACUAUUAAUAUGCAAGAUGGGUAUUGAUGUCUACCAUCUCAUGAGGGCUUGGCCCUAAGGAAUUUUACAGAAAGCUGCUGAAAAGAAAUGUAUGGUGUACAUGGGUGUGUAUAUGCACGCUUCUGUAAGAAUUUGAUCUAAAGGAUUGACAAAUGAAGUAAGGAUUUUAUGACUAGUUUUAUGUUAAGAGUAGGUUGCCUAAUUUUUCUACUGGGAAUCUUCAGUUGCUAAUGCAAGUUGUCUUAGAGUUAAUGGAUGAACUCCAGGCCAAACUGUUGUCAAAAAAAUAACUCGGAUUUACUGUUUAUAAUAGAUAUUGGGCAGAAAAGUACAUCUUUUGGAUGCUUCCAGUAAGAAUUGCUUGGGUAUUGUUUUUGGACUGUCUGACCUUUUCUUUUGAAGUGGUUUUACCUCUUGUGUGUCCUAAAUUGCCACUUGUAGAAGUUAAAGCUCCUUUUAUACUGAGCAACAGUUAAUAAACUGCUUUAGGCAGACCUUACCAAAACCAAGCGCUUCAUCUAAACAUGUGGGAACCACCUCAAAAAGAGCUGGUAUUUCAAUGUCCGUGCCAUAUUGGCAUCUCCUGUGCCUGCCAGCACAGCUGGCAGUUUUAGCAGUAAAAUUUUUUGUUUGGGUAGAGGACUUUCCUACAGGAAAUGCAUGGAGAUCACCCACUUUGCAUUAGGUCAUUAAGGAGCUGUCAUCAUCCCCUGAACAUGGGCAGUCUAGUUUAGAAAUGAGUUUGGCUUUUCUUUUUUUCUUUUUUUUUUUUCUUUUUCUUUUUUUUAAAUGCUUCUAUGUUACUGGUUUCUUAAGAUGAAUAUGUUGCUGUAUCCCAUACAUACUUUUACGUGCAAUGCAAAAAUGAUGCUUGUCUUUCCAAAAAAGCCAUAACCAAAUAUGUAAAAUGAUCUAUGAGUUGAAUUUAUUUGACUUUGCCUUUUCCAUGUACAAGAACAUGAACAGCAUUGUAGGCUAUAAAAUGAUGUCUUGGUUUUAAUAAAUUUCAUAAUAAAACAAAACUUGCAUGCAACAGCUAUCCAAAUGCAUUUCCUCAAAGACAUGAACUGCUUUCUCCAUGUUGUAAUACUGUCAAAUUAGAAAAUAUUUUGUUCUGCUUUGUCAGGUGUGGGAAAAUAGCUUAGUCUUGUGGCUGACUUUUCUAAUUCAAUUGAAAAAUAAAUUUUCAUUUGUACUGGGUUUUUAUACAGCUCUUUUUGCAAAUCACUUAGUAGUUUUAUCUGUCCUGUAAUUGCAUUGUAAAUUUAUAGUUGUACCUCUAAAGGUUUUGCAAAUCUGAAUGCAGUACUGUCUUGACUGAUAACAUGAAUAGUCAGGAUACUGCCUUUCCCUCUUCUGAAUGUAACAUUGAAUUUCACCUUCUAUUAGGAUUGAGAUGGUUUAUGUACUAAAACUAACUUAAAUGUAAAUGUUUUAAGAAAUUAUGGAAAUUAAUUAAUUGCUUAGGUGAUAUUUAGCAUUAGUGGAGAUUGUUCUGUCUUCACUGGAUGUAAAUAACCUCUGAUUACAGUAUUGCAUAUUUUAAAGGGGUUUGGUUUACAUUAAAUUUUCCUAUUUAAACAUUUUUGCCUAUGUUUAUAGCAAAUUUUUUGUAACAUUUGUUUUUGGAUAUGCUAAAUAAACUUUUUUAAAUGCCUCAUGUUUCAAAA